AUGUCGGAGCUGGAGAUGUCAAGAGACCGUAAAUGUGGAUUUACGACAGUUUUUCCCGUAAAAUCUUCUGAUUCGGCUGUGGCUAUUUCAUUUCGGAAGCCUCACUCGAAUAAAGCUAGCCUAAACAGUGAUGGUGCGAGAUGUUGCAAAAAGGAAGGUGAAGCGGAUAUAGAGGGAAGAAGUAUUGAGAAAAUAUAUUGGAAACAGGUUGCUUCUAUGGGAGUAGAACCACAGCAACGCUGCAUCAUUUCACUUCUCGCGCUUAUUCUCUUUUUCAAGCAUCGUAUUCAUAUCUAUUUGGAGCAUACGCAACAUUUCUCUUCUCACGAACAGGCUGUGCUUCAGCCUAAUCCUCGAGCAACGAAAUUACUUACAGGUACAGUAAUUGCUCCAAUCGUCGCUCACUCCAUUUGCAAUAAUAUGGGUCUACCAUUGUUUGGACAUAUUAACAAUUACUCAAAGAAGUCCACACGUUUAAUAUUUUGGUUGUCGUAUAUAGCUGGAUUUGUAAUUUGGAUAAGUUUGUUAAACCCUUUAACUGAUCAAAAUCUUUACAAAACUUGGCAUGCACUACUGUAUUUAGUAUGCAUACCAGCAACACUGUGUUCGGGUCAAUUGCUUAUAGCUUCGUUACGCACAUAA